AAAGAAGUGACUCGCUCUGUUUACGCAUGCGCACUGAAACGUUUAGCUCUAAGGGCAAGGAAUGGCGUUGAAGUGUCUCGAUUAUGUAUCUCUAAACGUAUAGUUAUAUUUAAAACAUAAAGUCAAUUAGGUAAUUUUGUUUCACAUUAUAUAAAACGUGUUGGUAAAAUUUAGAAAUUGGGUCUGCGUGUGUUUUUAUUUUUUCCCUGUAUACGCUGAAGGGGUUGUUUAACAUACUAGCGCGGGUAUUUAUGCCUGAGGAGAGAUAAGGAGCAAGAUGCCGCAAGUGUCACUGGACAAGUUGUCUCAAGCGGACUGCAUUUGUCCGAUCUGCCUGGAGAUUUUCCUGGAGCCAGUUACACUGCCCUGUGAUCACACCUUCUGUAAGCCCUGUUUCCAGCAGACUGUGGACAAGUCCAACCUGUGCUGCCCUCUCUGCCGGAAGAGGGUGUCCACCUGGGCUCGGCUGCAUGGCCGCAACAAGACCCUGGUGAAUGAGGAGCUGUGGGAGAGGGUGCAGAAAACCUUCCCUAUUCACUGCCAGCGUCGGCUCAGCGGACAGGACCUGGAUGAUGCCACCUUGAAUGCAUUGAUUCCUCAGCCUCAACUGUGUAAACCAGGAGAGCUACGACAGGAAUAUGAGGACCAGAAAAGCAAGCUGGAAGCAGAAAAACGUGUGUUGGAAGAAGAAGAGAGGCGAGCGAGUGAAGAGUAUAUUCAACAGCUCCUAGCUGAGGAAGAGGAGAGAAGAGCUGAGGAGAGGAGGAGGGCAGUAGCGCUGCAGCUGGAAAAUGAUGAAAGAUUGGCCCAGAUGCUCAGCGAAGAACUCAAUGCAAACCAAGUUUCAGAAACCAAGGGGCCCUCUAGAGAAAUAUCAAGACACAACUCCUCAGGAAAGAAGAACACAAGUGUAGGGAACAUUGAGAAAUACUUAUCUCCUGUCUCAAACCGAACGCCAAGCUCUUUCAUACAUCCUGAAACUAGCAGAUGUACAAGCCUUUCUGCUGACAAGGAAAAUAUCUCUGCUGCUCUCGAUCAGUCUAUUUUGAUAGAAGAUGGAAUACUAACUUUAAGUCCACAAGAAGCUGGAAGUUUCUCUGAAAUAUCUGCAGAGGCUGCAAAAAAAAUAAAUGCAAGUACCAGUGACAAAGACAGGUGUGUCCUUGUGCCUACAAGCACAGAUGAAAGUGAAAACUCUGGUGUGCAUCCGAGACACAGAAGCAGCCAACCAAACUGCAGAGCAGGCAGAACAGGUGAUGAAGAUACCUGCAAGAGGAAGAAUCAGAGUGAGUCUGACCCAGAAAGCAAUUUCAAAAGCAAGAGACUGAAAGUGUUACCAGCAGAGGGCGAUCCUCACAAAGGGGCAGAGCUCUCUGCAGAUGCGUCCCACAUGCAGCAGCUCAUAGAGCUGGAGAAGGAGCUUUUCAUGAAACUGCAGCAAGAGAAAAAAGACAGACUUUUGGCCUUACAGUUGCAGAGACAGCUGAACAAGGAGAUGAAAGAAGUGAACAGAAAAAAAACCUCCCCAAAUGGGUACCAGCUCCGCACUAAGCUGCCUGAAGAGAGAGCGUCGUGCAGUGGACAGAGGAAUUGGUCACAGUCUUACUGUACUGUGAGAGACGGGGUGAAGACAACAUUGUCUGCAAAUAGACCCAGCAGGAGCAUGCUGACUGCUGCUCCGACCCCAACAGAAGAAGCUGGCAGUCAGAAGGGUCCAUGCAACAGUUCUGGGUCACCCACACGACUGCAGAUGUAUUGCAAACAGAUGACCAUAACCAAGAUUCUCCAAAACCAUGUCAACUAAAGGUUUCCCAGGGAAAACAGGCCUUUACAGUGUUAACAUAUAACAAAGAGAUAUAUUACUUUACUUAUUUGACCCAACAGCUGGACAGCAGUUUUUUUUAAAGUCUGAUAGUUGUUUUUUUUCCCCAGCAUUUUUUUUCUGCUAAAUUUAUCUCCAUAUGAUAUCCAUGCUUAACAUUUGGCAGCUGCAAUGUUAACCUCCGGAUGAAAUGAUGGGCUACAAAUGUUUAACAGCAAAUUGUAAACCUGGUCAAUAAAACCAGAAAUAGCAAUAAAUAUAAAUGAUGCUUUUAUUAAGUGUGGAGCAGAUAUGUACAAAAGAUGUGUACGGCUAUGACCAAAUGUUUUGCAUGAAGCAAAAUCUGUUAAUUGUGUAGAGUGAUGCAAAACCUUUGGCCAAAGCUGUAUUUAACCACUAUGUGCUUUAAGUCUUUGGAAGCUUAUUUAAACUAAACAUUUUAAGAAAGAUACACACAUGUGGUCUUCAGCAUUCUCUUGACAUGCUUAACAAUUAGGUAACUAAAGGCAUAGCAGUUCAAUUAUAACAUCAUCCAUGUAUAAUGAUUUUAUAGUUAGAAAUCUGUAUGACCAUACCAUAAAACAGGACAUCAGAGGAGGGGUUUCACAAUCAAAUCCUGUAAUUUGUAUUAAUAAUAAUAUGACAUUACUGUGGCAGGUGCAAGUUCUUCAGAACUGUAAGUGCUUCUGUAACACUGCGAGGACAUUUGAAGGAAAGUUACAAGGGUUCCACAGAGUUGUACAUACACAUAUUCUGAUUAAACUGCCUUACUAAACGUGUUUUAAUUGGAGCCCUGUCCAUCUAUAACUUUUAAACAUGAGUUUACUCUUAAACAACUGCCCUUUUUAUCUCCCCUUUUUAUGUACAGUAAGAGUUUAGUAUUGAACAUCUUAAUCCAUAACUAUUAAACAUUCCAUGGUGGUAUAUUGAGUAAUACUAAAAGAGGUGUUUGUCAUUGAAGUUAAACAUUUAAAUUCUGCAGGAACACAUGUUGGUAAAAAUGUACACUGCUGUUACUUUUGUAAAGGUUCUCAGUACUUUGUUUUGGGUUGGUCUUGCAAAAUAAAAAAAAGCAUUUGCUUCAAAGCAAAGUUUGCACCAUUUUUCAUCUAUAUUCAAUUGCAAAAAAAAAAAAAAAAAAGCUCAAACCUUGCACUGGGACACAUGCAAUAAAUAUUAAUAAAUGUCAA